AUGUCAGAUUCCAACACAACUAACUUCACCAACCCCUCCACCUUCAUCCUGCUGGGCAUUCCUGGCCUGGAGGCAGCCUAUGUCUGGAUCUCCAUCGGCUUCUGUACCAUGUACAUCAUAGCCAUUUUAGGGAACUUUAUCAUCCUGUUCAUUGUGAGGACAGAGCCGAGCCUCCAUGGACCCAUGUACUAUUUCCUCUGUAUGCUGGCCGUCACCGACCUGGUCCUGACUACAUCUACCCUGCCCAAACUGCUGAGCAUUUUCUGGUUUAAUUCCAGGGAGAUAGAAUUCAGUGCCUGCCUUACCCAGCUGUUCUUCGUUCACUGCUUCUCAGGGAUUGAGUCUGGGAUCCUCGUGGCCAUGGCUUUGGAUCGCUAUGUGGCCAUCUGUGAUCCCCUGAGACAUUCCAGCAUCCUGACAAAUCUCGUGGUGGCCAAGAUUGGCCUGGCUGUGGUGCUGCGCAGUGUCAUACUCGUAUUGCCCUAUCCCUUCCUGGCGAGGCAGUGGCCAUAUUGCAGAACCAACGUCAUCCCCCACACGCACUGUGAGCAUAUGGCCGUGGUGAAGCUAUCCUGUGCCGACAUCCGCAUCAGUAAUUACUACGGCCUCUUUGCACUAUCCUUUAGGGUUGGUCUGGAUUUGUUUUUUAUCACUGUGUCCUAUAUCCAGAUCCUCAGGGCCAUCUUCACCUUUUACAUCCCAGGUCUCUUCUCCUCUCUUUCAUACAGGUUGGGGCACAAUGUACCCCUGCAUUUCCACAUUCUCCUUGCCAACGUGUACUUAUUGGUGCCCCCCAUGUUAAACCCCAUUAUCUACGGUGUGAGGACCAAACAGAUCCGGGACAGGCUGCUCCGGCUCUUACCACAUAAUGGAAUUCAACUUCUCUCCUGGUUCUCUGGCUCUCAGACUGAGCUCCAUGCACAGUUGGCUGGUGACAUGGUGCAGGGCCCUCUUCCCUGA